AACGCACUCGUUUUUGCGCUGACUCGGCCCGAAAUGCAGGUGCCACCAGCGCCGCCGCAAGCUGCUAACCGACGAACAUUCCACGGCAGUCCCCUUAUUGAGACCGAUCGUUCGGCGCCUGCAAUGGCAGUGUACUUGCUCGGAAUGCAAUUUUUUUUCACCUACCUUCAGUUGUACGGCUGGCCUCGAUGGCUGUCAGACCUGGAAAUUCUUUUGGAUAGUCUAGCUGACAGAGAAGGUGGUGCAAGUGAUACAUAUACGUUCAUCGUUCCCGAGGGGCCGCAAUGUUUCAGUCAUAUGUUUCUCUUUUCGGACAUAUGGAGAACAUUUGACCAGGGCCUCUACAACUUUCUUAAAUGGUAUAUCUAUCUUCCUUGGUUGAAACCCUCGAAGAAGGAGUCGAAUUGUCCAAACUCUACUUCUGUCGUUUGUCGACGUCUGUUGGCUGGAGUUCUCGUCUUUCUGUUCGUGCUCGUCUUUCAUUCAAUGACCAAGGAGAACAGUAAGGCCUUAGUUUAUUCCACCUUGUUGAACUUCAGGAAAAUCGCGUUUGUGCAAAUCGACCAUCAGGCUACAGAUCUUUAUUUUGAUUUUUACUUUCAACGCUCGUGCACUGCGGAUUCAAUUUGGAUACUUGUGAAUAUCGCUCAGAUCUUCAUUGAACAGGCCACAAAAUGGGUCUACCGAAGUACCCGAAUCGGUGAAAUUUUGCGGAAAAACCUCUCGAUCGGCGCCAGCCGGCGAUUGGCUGGCGUUGUGUGCGGCAUCAGCGCAAUGUUCUCCUCGGUUGGGUUCUUCUUCUUCCACCUCGGCCUACACCCGGGAUGGUGGAUUUUGUAUCUGAUGUUUUUUGAUCCUGAUAAUAAUCCGCCAGAAUUCACAGCCUCAGAAUAUUUAGCGAGGCCACGUCUGCACGAUUAUACACAGAAGGUAGCUCAGCUCAUCGCCACUGACAAGGAUCUUUGUGUCUCGCCGAAUUACCCUCCCGCUGGUUGUCAGAGCGUGGAGUACCUCAUUACCUAUGCUGGAACUGAGAAACCUUUCUUCGUGAUCAACCACAAAGGAGAAAUUUACUUCAAUUCAAAUGCUGAUUUUAAAGUCUGGAAGUCCAUCGGACGGGCGUCGUUUACUGUGGUGGCGAGAAACUACGGCGAAUUCAAAAAGGCGAAUGGAUCAACGCGGGUGAUAGUGUUGAAUGGACCUCCAUAUGGUUUAUUUGAAGUACCGUCAAACGCACUAGAUGCUGACAGCAAUCAGUCACAGGAUUGCACAUUGUCGAUGCAACCGCUAAUGACCGUCAAACCUCCUGAUUUGAUAAUGGCUCUCUCCAAAUUUGGAACGAAGUUCACCAUCCAACUAUGUCUUCCGGUGGACUACACUCUGAAUGGUAUUCUGCGAAUACAAGGACCCUUUAAGAUGAAAGAAGCUAUCAGAGGCGGCUCUGUUCACAUAGUUGGGGUGACCUACGCAAGCCCCGGGUUCGAUCUCAAUGACGCUGAUCUGGUAGUCACUGAAUUCUCUGACACGCACAUUGAGAUGGCACUAGAUUACGUAGUUGCUUUCAGCUUCGAAACGAUCAAGAGAUGCCACUGCUUAGACAUCCUUGUAGUGGCAAUUUCACCCCCAAUACCGUCUUCGUCGGUGUUUGUCGACAGCUAUUUCGACGUCCAGUUAUACUCGAAGACUGCUGAGACCCAGUCAAUGGAGGUACACUUUAGAAUUUCUGGACACGAUCCUCAAAUUCUCCCCAGUUUUCUGCUGAAGACAUUUCUAGCAGCACUCAGCUCACUUCGGGCACUACAAACAUGCUGA